CUCUCUUGUAGUCGGAGCGAUUAAAUUCCGGCGAGUUGCUCGUCGUCGCCAUACAAUUAGGCCCUUUAAAUGAAGUGUUUUCACUUCAUUAGUGGUGAUAGGAGAACCGACGAUGACGACGGCGUCCUUUCCAGGUCGUCUACCAGGGUAUCGUGGGCUCGUUCCCUCAGCGUUGCCUCCACCAGCUUUGACACAACUCGUCGUUCGGAGUUUGAUCUGAGCAGCAACUCUAGAGACCUCGGUGAUUCUGAAGCGUUCUCUGAGCUCUUAUCUCAGCGCCGUGCGAACGAUCUGCGAGUUUUUAAGUUCGCCGAGUUGAAGGCUGCGACCAAGGGGUUCAAUCGAUCGCUUGUGAUCGGUGAGGGAGGAUUUGGUUGCGUUUACAGAGGAGUUGUUAAAGCCGCCGUCUCCGAUGAAGGUAGCGAUGGUGACCGGUGUUUGGAUGUUGCUAUCAAGCAGUUGAGUCGUAAUGGAUUCCAGGGGCAUAAGGAAUGGAUUAAUGAAGUGAACUUUUUGGGGGUAGUCAACCAUCCAAACCUUGUAAAGUUGGUGGGAUAUUGUGCAGAGGACGAUGAAAGAGGGAUUCAGCGGCUUUUAGUGUAUGAGCUUAUGCGCAAUAAAAGUUUGGAACACCAUCUAUUGGGUCGUGGAGAGUCUCCUCUUUCAUGGAUGGUCCGUUUACAAAUUGCUCAAGGAGCAGCUCGUGGUUUGGCUUAUCUACAUGAAGAAAUGGAUUUCCAGCUAAUCUUUCGCGAUUUCAAAACUUCGAACAUUCUUCUAGAUGAAGACUUCAACCCAAAACUCUCAGACUUUGGACUUGCUAGACAGGGUCCAGCAGCUGGACUGAGCCAUGUUUCAACAGUCGUGGUUGGGACGAUAGGUUAUGCAGCUCCGGAGUAUCUUCACACCGGUAGACUAACAUCAAAAAGCGACGUUUGGAGCUUUGGGGUGGUCCUCUACGAGCUUAUCACGGGCAGGCGAGCAGUAGAGCGGAACUUGCCACGAAACGAGCAGAAACUCUUGGAAUGGGUGAAACCUUACAUCUCAGAUUCAAAAAAGUUCCAUCUUUUAUUAGACCCACGUCUCGAAGGAGACUACUCCCUCAAAUCAGCCCAUAAACUUUCCUGCCUAGCCAACAAAUGCCUCACAAAGAACCCCAAAUCCCGACCCAAAAUGAGUGAAGUGGUCGAGAUGCUUGGAAAAAUCAUCAACGACACGUCACCACCACAACCCGAAACCGAAUCCCAACUCGUUACAACAGAAGAACCCGAAGAAGCUGCAGUGGAAACUGAUUCAGGAAAACAAGAGGUGAGCGCUAAUAAUUACAUGAAGAAGGUUUUUGAUUUCAAGGAAUUGGUUACUUUGAGGAACAGAUCAAUUUUACGAAUGGAAUGGCGACAUUGGCCACCGGGGAUGGUUCGACACAGCGCGUGAUAUCGAAGCUCGUUGUAAGUCCAUCAUUGUAUCCGCUACAGGUUUCGUACAUACGAAAAGAGGAAAAACGCAGGUUCUCUUCUCGACUUGAAAUCUCACAUAAUCAAAAAUGCAUAUUUCUAAACCAUAAGAAGAUGCCAAGAAUCCAUCAUGCUGAUGGAUUCUUGGUUGCUUGCUUGUCAAUAGAUCAGCAAAAUGAAGCUUUAUUUUCUUCUGAACUUCAAUAGCAACAAGUAGUAGUAGUGAAUGUAAGUUGGUAUACACAAUCUUGCCUGUCAACAUGUGAAAGUAAAUAGCACAAUUUGCCAAAAGAAAUGUAGCAAAACCUCUUGAUUGUUUAAGUGUUUUUCUGGUA